AUGUGCAAGGAUUGGAAAUAUCGAAAGGUCGUUAUGGCUAUGGCUAUGGCUAUGGCUAUGGCUAUGGCUAUGGCUAUGGCUAUGGCUAUGGCUAUGGCUAUGGCUAUGGCUAUGGUUAUGGCUAUCACUCUCCAUUCCUCAGACUUCGUAGUGGAGAAGAAGAUGAACCCUGUAGUGGCUGUGGCUGUUGUUGUGGUUGUAACGGUGGUGGUGUUUGCUGGUGAUGAUGUAAAUGUGUUUGUUGGUGUUGGUGUUGGUGCUGAUGUUGGGGUUGCAGUAAUAAAGGUGCUGCUGAUCCUGAUGCUGGUAGUAAUGGUGGCUGCGGUGGCGGUUGUAGAGGUGUUGCUGCUACUGAUGAAGAUAGUGAUGAUGAUGCUGAUGGGGGUAGUAAGGGAGGUGGAGGUGGAGGUGGAGUUGAUGUUCCAGAAGGAAUCCUUUGGUAGAUUUGAGGGAUAUUAUUCACACGUUCGUUUUUUAAUUGUUGUUGUUGCUGCUGCUGCUGCGAUUGCAAUUGUAAUUGCAAUUGUGGUUGUGGUUGUGGUUGUGGCGGUGGCGGUGGUCCUGGGGUAG